AUGGCUCGUUACUCUACCGUUGGUCGCAUGUCUAUCGGCAGCCUAGACGACGAUCAAUUCUAUAGUGCACCCUCCAGCCGGAUAGCUAGCCGACAUGUCAGCCUUAUAGCCUCACACAACCUACAUGAGACGGGCCACGGCACAAUAUCCGUGCAGUCCCCCAACUCAACCUACCAGCCCGGCCUAUCAGCUCCUGUAUCACCCCUAGAACCUCACAUCCCGGGGCCGAAGCAAAUAUCGAGGCCGCGAGUGGCAACGCCUUUUGCUAUACACUAUCACCAAAAUCCGAGGCGUCAUCAUUUCUGUCCAAAGUCUAUAAGUCGUCGUUUCCACAGGACGUUCCAUGCCACGUCGGAAAGCAUUCCACUACUUCAACCACUGAUGAACGACUCAAGCAGUCCAGUGUACACCGGGGCCCAGACCCCUCGUUCAGAAUUAGAUGGAACUAUGCUCGAUAGUCCAAUUAGCAUUGAUAGACAGGCAGCAGACACCAUUGUUUGCAAUAUACGAGCUUACUUAUCUAAUAGAGGGCAUAGUGGUUGCUCAUUUUUAACGGAGAGGCCAACAAGCAUUGACGAGAAUCUACCCCCCAUAUCAAGAUUGUGGACUGACCAGGAUAACUUUGGAACUGGUCACCCUAAGGUUAACGAACCGACGACUAAGAGCUAUCUGGUUACCACGGACGAUAUUGCGGGGAUUCUAGAUAUCGUAAUUGCUGGUAUCCGCUGUGUUCGCAAUGACAGUUCGGCAGUUGAAUGUCUCUCGAUGUUAUUACCUAGAGAACCACGGGCAAAGCCUACACCCAACAUGAAUUUUAUUGUUCCUGGAUCGCCUAGUAUUGCUGAUCCAGCUACAACGAUCAGUUCUGUUCAACCUUCCUUUAGCAUAUCCAGCUGCUCUGACUACCAUGGUCAUUGUGUUGACACGGCUAGAACUACGUUCAUUUCUCGACAAAGCAUUACCGAGGUCACAUAG